UUUUCAAAACUGGAAUAUAAACCGCACACUUUGACACAUACCAUACCGAAUGAAUUGGAAGGUGAAUGUACACGCGUUUAAUGGCAUUGUUCUCGUAGCUAUUUUUGUAUACUGAUUGAAACUUUGGGUCAACAUAAAAGAUGGGCGAAGAAAAUCUGAUUGAACAAUUUGUCGCACUCGGCAUGAGUGAAACAAAGGCAAAGGAAACAUUGAAAAAUGCCAAUGUUACGAAAAAUCUAACAGCUGCAUUGAAUGAAUGUAAAGGCACACCGUUGCCGGAUGGAGCCGGAAUGUUGCUGUACCACAUGGCCACAAAGAUUAAGGCACAAAUCUUUCAUAAUUUACCAUUGCUCGUAAAAUAUAUUGCAUCGCAAAAAUUAGAUACAACACUUCGCGUUGAUGCGGCUCUUGCCUACUUACUCAAGAAUGGUCUACAAGGAACUGAUAUCAAUACGGCCGAGUUUGAAAAGCAUUGUGGUGUCGGUAUUGUUGUUACCCCCGAAGAAAUCGAACGUCAUGUUGAAGCUGUAAUUGCACAAAACAAGAAUGUCUUAUUGGAACAAAGAUACCGCUUCAAUGUGUUCAAAAUAAUGCAAGAAGUGCGCGAAAAACUACCAUGGGCCGAUGGCAAACAAGUGAAAAAUGAGUUCGAUGUGCAAAUCUUUGAUUUGUUGGGUGAAAAAACGGAGGCCGAUCUAGCUCCGCCUCCAAAGACGAAGAAAGAAAAGAAACCGGCUGAAAAUGCGGGUGCCAAAGCUGACAAACAAAACGGUGUCGAUGAUGCAUCAAAAGUAAGUGAUGGCGCCAGUUCAAUUGCUGAAUUGAUGAAAACAAAAGUGCAUUUCCAUGCACCGGGCGAGAAUUACAAAACUGAUGGUUACGUUGUUACACCAAACACUGAACGCUUGUUGAAAGAACACUUGAAAAAGACUGGCGGCAAGGUACGCACACGUUUUCCACCCGAACCAAAUGGUAUCUUACACAUUGGUCAUGCCAAAGCGAUAAAUAUCAAUUUUGGCUAUGCUAAAGCACACAACGGAACAUGUAAUUUACGAUAUGAUGACACAAAUCCUGAAAAAGAAGAAGAGAAAUUUUUCGUGGCUAUUAAAGAUAUGGUGGAAUGGUUAGGUUAUACACCCGAUAAUAUAACACAUUCAUCGGAUAAUUUCCAGCAAUUGUAUGAAUGGGCGAUAAAAUUGAUUAAGAAGGGGCUCGCUUAUGUGUGUCAUCAAACUGCUGACGAAAUGAAAGGUUUCAAUCCGAAGCCAUCACAAUGGCGUGAUCGUCCAAUCGAAGAGAAUUUACAAUUGUUUGAAGAUAUGAAAAAUGGUAAAAUCGAUGAAGGUUUGGCAACGCUUCGCAUGAAAAUCACAUUGGAAGAAGGAAAGAUGGAUCCAGUUGCCUAUCGCAUCAAAUUUAUUCCACAUCAUCGUACCGGUAACGAAUGGUGUAUUUAUCCCACUUACGAUUACACUCACUGUUUGUGCGAUAGCAUCGAAAAUAUUACGCAUUCAUUGUGCACAAAAGAAUUUCAAUCACGUCGUUCGUCAUACUAUUGGCUAUGCAAUGCCCUCGAUAUUUAUUGCCCUGUUCAGUGGGAGUACGGCCGAUUGAAUGUAAACUAUACCGUUGUUUCAAAACGUAAAAUUGCAAAAUUGAUCACGGAAAAAAUUGUCAACGAUUGGGAUGAUCCUCGUUUAUUCACAUUAACUGCAUUGCGUCGUCGUGGUUAUCCACCAGAAGCAAUUAAUAAUUUCUGUGCUCUUGUUGGUGUUACCGGAGCACAAGGUGCCAUUGAUCCAUCGAUGAUUGAGGCCACCGUACGGAAUUACUUAAACACAAGUGCACCGCGCCGUUUGGUCGUUUUGGAACCUGUCAAAGUUACACUCACCAAUUUUCCGUUCGAUAAACCACAAUCAAUUACCGUACCAAAUUUCCCAAAUGAUCCAACGAAAGGUACGCAUCAAGUCAUUUUCGAUAAAGUAAUUUACAUCGAACAAAGCGAUUUCAAAGAGAAUCCAGAAAAGGGUUAUCAUCGUUUGUCACCUGAACAAACUGUCGGUUUGCGUCAUGCUGGCUACGUGAUUCGUGUGACAGAGGUGAAGAAAGACACCACAGGACAAGUUCAAGAAUUGAUUUGUUCAUGUGAGAGUUCGGAAAAGGCGGGCAAACCAAAAGCAUUCAUUCAAUGGGUAUCGCAACCAAAACAAAUCCAAGUGCGAUUGUACGAACAAUUAUUUUUGCAUAAGAAUCCCGAAGAUUCAAAUGAAGUACCAAAUGGUUAUUUGAGCGAUUGCAAUCCAAAUUCGUUGAAGAUUGUCACUUCCUACACAGAUGCAUCAUUAUUGGACAAUUUAAAGGUGUACGAUCGCUUCCAAUUUGAACGAAUUGGAUUUUUCAGUGUUGAUCCGGAUACAAGUAAAUCGUGUGCCGUUUUCAAUCGAACAGUGACAUUAAAAGAAGACGCUGGAAAAAAUUAAUUCACAACAAACACGAAUUCUUGAACCGAAUCCAAUGUAUGCAAUUUUAAUACAGAUAAAAAUAAUAAAACAUUCAAUCAUUUCGAUGUCUGUAUGAA